AUGCCGAAUAUUGGGGUUGGAAACGAGCAACAAAUAGCCUGGAACCGAUCACCUCUCUACAAGCCCCUACUCCUGGCGAACUGCUGCGUUGGGUAUCAUGUAGAUGCGUCGUCAAGACCUGUGCAAAAGUAUGCAGAUACAAAAAAAGGAGGCUCGAAUGCACCAAUAUGUGCAUCAACUUUGAGGGAUCGUGCAAUAAUAUGGCUGAUUCGCUGCACCCCGACAAAGCGCCCAUUCUCGGGAGGUGAGAAAGGCGUCGAUCGGAGGCCGCCGUUGGUGGAAUACAGUGCAUUAGCAACUUACCCCACCGAGGGACCACCCCAGCGCCCCUCUUUCACGGGCAACUGA